AUGGUGAUCUUCAGUGUGGAUGUUGUGAACAAGGCUGGUGGUUUGAUUUACCAGUAUGACAACUACGUCCCACGAGCGGAGGCAGAGAAAACCUUCAGCUACCCUUUAGAUUUAGUACUGAAACAUCACGACGAGAAAGUCAUUGUCUCCUUUGGGCAACGCGAUGGAAUUAAAGUUGGCCACGCAGUGCUGUCCAUAAAUGGAGCAGACGUGAUGGGCAAGAGCACUGCAGAUGGGAAGGACAUCCUCGAAUACCUCAAAGAUCCUUCAAAUUAUCCUGUAUCCAUUCGGUUUGGACGGGCCCGGUUGAGCUCCAAUGAAAAACUGAUGCUAGCCUCCAUGUUUCAUUCGUUAUUCGCCAUCGGCUCACAGUUAUCUCCAGAGGUUGGCAGCUCAGGGAUUGAGAUGCUAGAAACAGAUGUAUUUAAAUUGCAUUGCUAUCAAACUCUUACAGGAAUUAAGUUCAUCGUUCUGGCGGACCCCCGGCAGACGGGAAUCGAUGCUCUGUUGAGGAAGAUUUAUGAAGUGUAUUCAGAUUUCGCUCUCAAAAACCCCUUUUACUCAUUAGAAAUGCCGAUAAGAUGUGAGUUGUUUGACCAGAACCUAAAGAGUGCUCUGGAGGUGGCAGAGAAGGCUGGGAACUUUGGAGCAGGCUCAUAA